AUGUGCUCGAAGCAGGAUACAUCGCCGCCUGUCGGACAGUCAUGUCCUCUCCACUGCGGCCACGAGUGGCAUAUCCACCGGACCGUGUCUGUCUCGAACACGAGUAUCCUUUGUGAAAAUUGCACCUCGACAAUGUCCGUCCAGAUUCUGUUCCCCACAUGA